AUGGUGAAGUCAGAGAAGAAGAAAGGCAAGGAAGAGAGGAAGAAGAGGAAAGUAUCGCGACCCACCGCUAAUUUCUCAGAGCUACGUAGUGCCAAUGUCGAGAAGAAGAAGAAAGGAUUCGCGGAGCUGCGCGACGAUCUGUUCCGCGAAGCAGCGAAACUCGUCGCGGAAGAUCCUUCACAGAGAAUCGCGAUCCUCAUCAAACCUCCCGCCUCCGAAUCGAACGUGGUGAUGCAAUCGUUCGGGUAUCCGUCUGCGGAAGGAGUUGUUCGACAGUUCCUCAAGGAUUCUGCUCCUCCUGUUCCGGUAACAGAGGACGACGACGAAGAGGAGGACGAAGAGGAGGAUGAGGAUUGGUGUAAGUAUUACUGGUGGGAAGAUGAGAAGCUGCUUAAUUCGAAGGAUCCGGUGGAGAUUAUGGCAGCGAUGGAGGAGAUGAAGAAACUUCAGAAGCAACUCGAGAUGUAUAAAAGUGAAACAGGUCAAGGCUCUGGGACUCAGGACGAUGCAUCCAAACCCUAA